AUUUUGAUGUCCUAUCCUCGUUUCAUAUCAGCUAUCAAUUAUUUUGUUCCAUUACAAAUUAAGCCAUUUAAUCGAUAUUCCAGAACAAUUCUGAGCGUGUUCCUAACAUUAAAUUUUGACAGCAAUGUGCAGCGACUUUUCUCCCAAUGAUUAUUUACGCUCAUGGCGCUAACAUGGCACAUUCGCUGUCCGUUGUAUCGCUGCUCACUGUGCUAAUGGUUCUUUCCACAUUAAAAACAGAAAACAACGCUCUAAGGAUCCAGCUAGUACCGGUCGGGACGAAAAUUGAGGCAAACUGUUAUGGCAAGCACAUCAACAUCUCGUGCGCAUUUCGUCCACGGCUUUCCCUCGCCAAUCAAACGUUCGAUUGUGAUAUCGAACUAUUCCGUCCAAUAAAAGAGCUCAAGCUAGUAGUGAGCUACUAUACCGUCGCAAUGAACGUUCCAACCGCACUGCUGAAACGAUCGCUGGACGUGUGCUUCUUCAUACGCAAUCCCAAAUCCGAUCGGCUGGUGAACAGUGUGUACAACUACGUGCGAAAACACACCAACAUUCCGCUCAGAUGUCCGUUGGCCGCGGGCAAUUACUAUCUGCGCAAUUUGCGGCUAGGCGAUGUUCCGGUGCCGGCUUUCCUGCCCGAGAGUGAGUUCAUACUGGAGGAAAUCUUUCGCUCGGAGGUGAAGCACGAAACGUUGCUGGAGUUUAAAUUUUAUGGCAAGCUAGUGCGGUUUAUAGAAAAUUAAUAAAUUCGAAUUUUUAUAAUAUUUUGUGAACUAUUUUGUUUAGAAUAGUAGAAAAAAGUUGUUCCAAAUAUUUUGUUAAUCCAAAAUUGAACAAGCAGUUCCCUAAUUAAUUUUCAAUUUAAAAAAAAUGCUAUAAAAAUGAAAAUAUUACUAGCAUGCUAUAAUUACUUAAUUCCAAUCUAUAAAUACUCAUCUUCUCAUGCCCCGUCGUCCCAUUAACAAAUUACGUUGCGUAUCUUGUUGCUGCAUCAGUUAUCAAUAAUCAUGC